UAUUGGAUUUUUUUAAUUACUGCAGGUUAAAACAGCUGAUACAGGGUAUAUGUCUCGUAGGCUGAUUAAAGCUUUGGAGGACCUAUCCAUUCAAUAUGAUAACACAGUACGAAAUGCUAGCGGAUGUAUAGUUCAAUUCGUUUAUGGUGAUGAUGGUAUGGAUCCGUCACAAAUGGAAGGGAAAGGUGGAGUUCCCUUGAAUUUUGAGCGAUUACUUUUGAAAGUCAAGGCUACAUGUCCUCCUGGAGAACACAAAAGCUCCUCUCCUUCAGAAAUUCUUGAAUAUGACAUGACUCCUGAUGGAGGUUGCUCUGAUGCCUUCAAAGAGUCAUUGUCUGAAUUUAUUCAAGAAUGCAGUAGAAGAUUAAAAAGGACAAGAAAAGCACUCAAAUUGGAUGAUGAGCAAGUUGAGGGAGAAAAUUGCAAUAUUCUUGAAAAUGUUGCUCAAAAUAUAUCUGGUGUUACUUCCAGGCAGCUACAGGUAUUUAAUAUGUUAACCCUAUCUGUUUUUUUGGCUAGUUUCACUUUUUCCUUGAUGACUUCCUUACUCUAAAUAAAUGCUUUCAGG